AUGCACGAGAUGAUUGGCAAUGAAGUUUCGAACGUGGAGUCGGCCAUGAUUCAGGUCGUCGGUCGUGUCCAAGAUACCGAGUGCCGGUCUUGUCUGCAGGACCAUGGGCCAUGGGUCCAAUGCGUUGUCCUGGACGGACCCUCCGGCAUCGUGUGUGUGGAUGCGCAAACUGUCAUUGGAGGAAGAAUGACAGCCGGUGCACCUCGUUUGGUGGUGGAUCUGUUGAGAGCUACGUAA